AUGAGAUCCACAGUUACUUCUUGUAUUUUAUUAUUAAUGGUAUGGGGCAUCAACAUGGCCUCUGCCAGAAAUAAGUCGACCAUUACAAUAUUUACAACUAAAACGUCAUGGAAUGACGCAUACUGUACGUGUAAAUACAAUGACAUGGAUUUGUUGAUGGCAAAGACACAAGGUACUAUGGCCGUAACGAAGAUUUUUCUACAAAGAACAUUGACAAAUAACGACUUCUGGUUUGGUCUUCAUCUUGAUAAACGUAUUGCUAAUGGAUAUACAUAUAAAUGGAUUGAUGACAGUGCACUGGGAACAUGGGAUAACUGGUACUCAACAGAGCCCGAUCGUCAAAGUAGAGAAAAGUGUGUCCGUAUUGACGGGAAUCACUUCAGUUGGAAAACAAUGUUCUGUUAUAAACAGUAUGAAUUUGUUUGUCAAAAAGAAACCGGUUCGUGUACUAUGGAAGUGGAUCAUACAAUUAUGAGUAAUGAACCUUAUUAUAAUGUGACUGCAACAAAAACCGAAUGUAUACGGAUUUGUAAGGUACAACAGGACAACUGUUAUGGCACAAUCCGGACCUCCAAUGUACCAUAUACAGACAGUAGUGACGAUCCUCGACGACAGUGUUCACUGACACAGUAUCCUUCUUCUUCAACAGAACCGACAUCACCCUACACGGCAAGAACAACUGCUCCAAUUACUUCAAAGCAACAAUCGACAUCACAAGAACAACCAACUCCAUCAUCGCCAUCGGAUUUAUUCGUAACAGAUAGCACUACAUCAACAACGCCUGAACAAUCACCUUUAUUGAUACCUGCAACAUCAAACAUCACAUCUUCUACGAUAACUAAAUCAACAGCUACAACUACAAAGACAAAAGAUAUGUGGAUGCCCUUGUUUAAGAAGAGCAAAGAAAACAGCCGAAAACGUCGAGAAGGAAUCAGAUGA